UUGACCUCCGCCCGCACUCAAGGUCGUCUCCCUCCCCUUCCAUCUCCUGUACCAGCACAGCCGCCGCCGCGAGCUAGGGUUAUGGCCCAGCGAGCUCAAGAACCAAUCUCCCUCCCUUGAGACAAAUUUGUGCGAGUUGCCUCCCUCUCUCCCUCCCCCCUCUCUCUCUGACAUCAAGCGCUCAAGCGUGAGCGCCCCAAAUCACACGGUCCGUCGGCGGCUCGCCGCGAUUGUGGCUACCUAGCGACGCGGCGCUGCAGCUCCGGGGAUAUCAACGCCACGGUUGAUCAGGAGCCAGACAUCGUCUUUUUAUUGCUAAAGGAUCCACGGUAACCAUGGAGUCAAUGGCAAGUGCUGCUCUAAGUAUUGGGUCAACUACGGCAGUGGGAGUUGAAGAUGAUGCCAGCAGCUCUGCCGUGGGCAUGAUCCGGUUGGUGGGAAAUGAUGAAAAUACCUACAACACGCCAAAAAGAACUACCAGUCUUCCGUUUUGUGGGGUCAACAUAUGAGCCUGAGUGUGAUGAUAACUUAAAGCCCGUAAUUGGCAUGAAGUUUGACACCUGGGAAGAGGGCAUGGCACUAUACAAAAUGUAUGCUCAUGAGGUUGGGUUCUCGGUCCGCACAUGGACAACACACAAAGAUGAUCAGGGUGUACCAGUGUGGAAGAGGUUUGUUUGUGCAAGGGAAGGUUGGCGAAAGGUGGCCACAGAUGAGGAAAGGAUAAAGCCUAAACGGAACUUCAAGUUAAGCAGGUGUGGUUGUGAGGCUAUGAUCGGAUUCAAGAGGCAAGAUGACGGCAAAUACGAGGUUGCCCGAUUUGUCCAAUCGCACACGCACCAACUUAUUUCGCCAAGUAAGAGACAUCUCAUUAAGUCAAAGAGAGAAGUAGUGAGUUGAGGACAAAAUUACUUACAUGUCAUAAGGCAUUGGUUGGCACAUCUGCAGCAUAUCGCUUGCUUAGUGUAGAGAAGGGGGGCCAAGCAAAUGUAGGUUGCACAAAGCGUGAUUUACAAAACUGCCACCGUGAUUUUAAAAGAGCAAUUAAGGGAGCAGAUGGACAGAUAAUAGUAGAUAUCAUGAAGAAUAAGCAAGCUGCCAAUCCAGCCUUCUACUUUGAUUAGCAACUCGAUGAGAAUGAUAAACUUACAAAUAUUUUCUGGGCCGAUAGUAUAUGCAGAAAAAACUACUCAUUGUUUGGUGAAGUGGUGUCUUUCGACUCCACAUACCGCUUUAAUAGGUAUGGCUUGGUGUGACUCCACAUACCGCUUUAAUAGGUAUGACUUGGUGUUUGCCCCUUUCACCGGAGUUAACAACCACAAAUCUUGUGUUACAUUUGGUGCUGCUUUUUUAUGGAAUGAGAAGCAAGAAUCUUAUAUAUGGUUGUUCAAGACUUUCUUGAAAGCAAUGUGUGGGGUUGCACCUAAGCUAAUCAUUACCGAUGAAGAUCAAAGCAUGAGAAUAGGGAUAGAACAUGUUUUCCCGAACACUAUACAUAGACUUUGCAUGUGGCACAUCCUCAUGAAGCUUACGGAAAAAGUUGGUGCGACCCUAAAAAAUAGUCCAGAUUUCCAUGAACAGUUUAUGUCAUGUGUUUGGGGAUCAGAGACACCAAACGAGUUCGAGUCAAAAUGGUGUUCAAUAAUUAAUGAUUUCGGGCUAGAUGAUAAUACAUGGUUGCAGGAGAAGUAUGAGUUACGACGAUCAUGGAUUCCGGCAUAUUUUACUGAUUUCCACCUUGGCGGAAUCUUGCGUACCACAUCAAGAUCUGAGAGUGAGAAUGCAUUCUUCAGACACUUUACUAACCGGAACCUUGCCUUGAUUGAAUUUUGGGUCAGAUUUGAAACAGCUUUAGAGGAACAACGGCAAAAAGAAUUACAAGAAGAUAAUGUCAGCCUUCAUACACUGCCUAUACUCAAGACUUGUUGGAGUAUCGAGAGUCAUGGUAGAGAAGUGUAUACUCAUGAGGUUUUUGCUGAAUUUCAGAGUCAGGUGCUAGCAGCGAGGGAUUAUUGUCAUGUCAAAACAAUCACGCAGAUUGGUGAGCUCCGCACCAUCAGCAUUAGCAGCAACAGUGGCAAGGUUAGACAAGUUAGUUUCAACACUAGCACUAAGGAAACACACUAUUCUUGUAGGAUGUUUGAAUCCUUGGGUAUCAUUUGCCGUCACAUCAUUGUUGUCCUAAAGAAUGAGGGCUGUAAUGAAAUUCCUAGUCAAUAUGUGCUACAUAGGUGGACUAAAAUGGCUGCGCGACACCUUGCCUAUGAUGCCAACGGCCAUGAGCUACAAGGGUCAUCUACAUGUCUUCCACCUGUCAUAAAGAAGUUGUACGCGGAAACAUGUUCAAAUUUCAGCCUGGCACUUCAUGUCGCAAAACAUAGUGAGGAGAAGAUGAGAUAUCUUCACAAGGCUAUUGGUGAUGCCUACACACAAUUGGGGCAGGAGGGAACAGUUAGUGAGCAAAGUAAAGUUCAAGAAUUUGAAUCCUUCGUUGGAACAUCAUUCCCAACUGUGAUCAACAUUCACCCACCAGAUGUAGCAAAAACAAAAGGGAGUGGUAAGAGAUUGAAAAGGGGCUCGGAGCAGACCGUGACCCAAAAGAAAAAGAGGGCCAAAGAGCAUCACAAAAAUAAGUAGUUGUGGUGGUCUCACUGAUGCGAUGUUGGAAUAAUUAUUUUUAGUCAUUUUGUGUAGACUUGGUAUAGUGGAAAUCAAUCCAUUCAAGUCUGUGCUUCUCUGUCAUUUAUGCACUUUGAUUGUUCCAGUGCAAAAUGGCCGUAUGUAAGAAGUGAAUUUGCCAUGCCAAAUAUAUGCAACAAGUUAUGUAAUUCUAUUAUGGUACCCGUUACCAUGA